AUGCCUCAAUUUAGAAGAAAAAAGGCGUCAAAGUCGUUCCCAGUUAAAGUGUGUACGCUAGACGCUGAAUUGGAAUUUAACCUUGAGUGGAGAGCAACAGGACGAGAUCUAUUUGACCUAGUAUGCAGGACUAUAGGCCUGAGGGAAACAUGGUUCUUUGGGCUGCAGUUCGAAGACACAAAACAUUUUAUAAGCUGGCUGAAGUUGGAUAAAAGAGUACAAGACCAAUGUGUCUCCCAAAUGCCGGGCACUCCAUUCAUGUUACUCUGCAAGCUAUACCCUGAGGAUGUAGCCGAGGAAUUAAUACAGGAGGUGACACAGCAUCUCCUGUUCCUACAAGUUAAGCAAGCAAUACUCAGCAUGGAUAUCUACUGUCCCCCGGAGGCCUCCGUCCUGCUGGCGAGCUAUGCUGUCCAGGCUAAGUAUGGCGACUACGACGAGAGUGCAUACAAGCCUGGUAUGCUGGCCAGCGAGGAUCUACUGCCGCAGCGGGUCAUCGACCAGUACCAGAUGACGCCUGAAAUGUGGGAGGACCGUAUUAAAAUAUGGUACGCUGACCACAAAGGGAUGUCGCGGGAUGAGGCCGAAAUGGAGUAUCUCAAGAUCGCACAAGAUCUAGACAUGUAUGGAGUCAACUACUUCGCUAUUAAAAACAAGAAAGAAACAGAAUUAUACCUAGGAGUAACAGCGUUAGGUCUAAAUAUAUAUGAGAAAGAUAACAAAUUGACUCCGAAGACAACAUUCCCGUGGUCUGAGAUCAAGCACAUAUCGUUCGACGACAAGAAGUUCGUCAUCAAGUUCGUUGAGAAAACAACGAAUAACUUUAUAUUCUUCUCGCCUAAAGGAAUGAAUAAAUUGAUACUGGACUUGUGUAUCGGUAACCACGACUUGUACAUGAGGAGACGGAAGCCUGACACCAUGGAGGUGCAGCAAAUGAAGGCACAAGCCAAGGAAGAGAAACAGCGUCGUCAGAUUGAGCGCAAUAAGCUAGCGCGAGAGAAACAACUACGUGAAGCGGCGGAGCGUGAGAGACAGGCCAUGGAACAACGACUCAGGCAGUACCAGGAGGAAAUACGACUCGCUAAUGAUGCACUGCGUCGUUCAGAAGAGACGGCUGAGCUUCUAGCAGAGAAGGGAAGAGUCGCAGAGGAAGAAGCUUCUCUUCUAGCGCAGAAGGCAGCCGAUGCUGAACGAGAGAACGCCAGGCUCCGGCUAUCUGCUAUCAAGACUGAGGAGGAGAAGGUACACUUAGAAAGAAAGACUCGCGAAGCAGAAUAUCUAACAGCGCGUUUGGUAGAAGAAUCAGAGAAGCGGGCGGCAGAAGCGGAGAGAUUAAAAGCUGAAUUGGUAGCCGCGAGGAUGGCGGAGAAGCAGGCAAAGGAGAAGCUUCUAAACUUCCUGAGCAGAACUUCCACCGGGUCGCUGCCACCCGUCAGCAAGCCUUCGAGGAAGUUUGAGGAACUAGAGACGAAGAUGACUGAGAAGCAGUCCAGUGAAAAGUUGAUCAGCUAUUUGAAUGAUACUUAUAACGGAUCUUGGGAUCUUGGUCCUCCGUCAUCGACUGUCCCGUCCAGUUUGUUCCCGUCAACAUGUUCGUUACCGGCGGAGCUGGGGGGCGAAGUCUUACAGAACGGCACCGCCACCGUCACGGAGCCUGAGCUCAACUCAUACCAACUUGUACCUGAUGACUCUGAUCCUCAUAUACAUCGGCUGUCUUUGGAGAUUGAGAAGGAGAGAGUGGAAUAUCUAGCAAAAUCGAAGCAUCUUCAGCAACAACUAGACGAACUGCGUUGCGAGUUCUCAGUACUCCGAGUAGACCAGUCUACUGCGACAUUAGACAGACUACAUGAAGAACAGACCAGGGCUGGUGAUAACAAGUACUCCACGCUGCGGAAACUGAAGCAAGGGUCUACUAAGACAAGGGUCGCCUUCUAUGAAGAGCUGUGA